CCUAGAUUUCGGCCAGCGGUUGAUGACCCUUCGCUUUUCCUGUCGACAUUGUGGACUAUUUACCUUCGAUUCCCCCUUUCGUUUACAUUUGACCAGACGGCUUUAUAUAAUGACCCAUCACGUGAUGUCUGAAAUAUCGGUACGUCCGCAUACGGAUAAACUGACCGGUGCCAAUGGACAGGGGGUAUCUAACUGACAAAAUUUCGAGAUUUUUAGCACGGCAUUUAGUAUCCUCAUCGCUGAUCAUGUCACUGCAUCACUGGACUGAGAUCGCGUAUAACACUGUUUUCUGGGCCGUGGUCCUGUGGUCGUCUACAGAUCUCCUUGGAUUAGUGAUCUACUCGGCGUACAUUAUUCUGUCCUUGUCCAUAGUUCUAGUGAUCAUACUUAUCAUCUUCAACAAGUCUGACAAUACCAUCAGUGAAUACAUUUUUCUGGCAUUUUGGGGAAUAUUCUCUUAUUUUACGAACUGUUCAAUACGGAUACCUACAUCAGAGGACGUUUUGUACGAUUCUCAGAUAUUUUCCCCGGAGGCGGGUUCUUUGAGGUAUUUUGCAAUAGCGUUGCUUCUGGCAAGGACAGGAGAAAAUGAACAAUUUGCCGUGUGGUCUAUAUCUGUCACAUGUACAUCACUCCUACUCAAUUACCUUUGUCUACAGAGACAUGCUUCAGAUUUUGAAGGAAAUUCAAACGAGCCAAGUGCAGGCACGUUUUCAAGAAUACUAUCCUUUUUCCUAUUGUUAAUAAUACUUUCUACCUCUUACUUGCAUAGCAAUUCCGUAUCGUCAUUUGCAAUAACUUUAUUGUUGACAUUUUUUCGAAUCCAAUAUGUAAUUAAAACAGUUGAAGGAAAACUGAAAGAAAAAGACGGUGAAUUGUUGAGUAGAUCUGAAAUAUAUUACUGCUUAUUGUCCGUGUUAUAUAUUGGUGCUUAUGCAUUUUUUAUCAAAACCUCUAAACAUAAUCUGUUUUCAGUGCCAAUGAUUUUUCUGUCCAUAGAAACAUUAUAUUAUAUCUACAUAAUUUUUGAAAAUAUUUGGAUUUUACGAGGACAUAAGCAGAACUUUUGGAGGAAUACUACGUCUAUUCCUAAAAACCGGAAAGGAGAACAGUGCCCUGUCUGCCUGGCUGAAAUUUGGUCCGGUAGGAUGACGUCAUGUAGUCACGUGUUUCAUUCUUCCUGUCUUGUUCGCUGUUUACGUCAAUCUUCUAUGUGUCCUAUGUGUAGAAGUGUGAUUACUGAUAAUAAACUUACCUGAAAGCAUUUCGUGCCAAAGUUGUCAACAUCCGAGUGCCAUCUUACGCUGCUGCCAUGUUUAAUAUUAUUGUUGAUUGUUUUAUGUUCUAAUUAAAAUAUGUUC